AUGAGGCGCUGCCGGGGCCGCGUCCGCCCGCCCUCACGCCCGGGGGUCGCCUCGCCUUGCCUCAGCGCCUGCCCGGCCGCCACCGCGCUCCCCAGCCAAUCAGAGCGCGCUCCCAGCCGCGCGCCCGCGCCUCAGCCAAUCACUCGACGCCCCUCUCCCACCGCCGCCUCCCGCGCCUCCCUCCGAUUGGUCAAGACGGCAGCGGCGGCGUGGGGGGGCAAGAUGGCGGCGGCGCCGCGGGAGCCGGGCGGAGAAGCGGCGUUCGCGAAGCGCAUCGACCCGGCGCGGGAGCCGGGGCUCAGCCCCCAGCAGCGGCUGCUCAUGGCGCAGGUGGAGAGCGCCCAGCGCCGGCGCGCUCUGCAGCGGCGGCUCCGCAGCCGCAACGUGCUGCUGGCGCUCGGCAUCGGCGCCGUGACGCUCGGCAUCUACGGCUACACCUUCUACUCGGUGUCGCAGGAACGGUUCCUGGACGAGCUGGAGCAGGAGGCGGAGGCGGCGCGGGGCCGGGCGCAGGCGCGGGCGCAGAGCGCGGCGAGCUGAGCGCGGAGGGCCCGGCCCGGCCCCGGGGAACCCCGCGAGCGAGCUGCAGCCCCCGCGGGCGAAGGACGGGCCUCCGGCAGAAGGGGAUCGCCGGGCCCUGAGCCACUCCUGGGGAGCUACGGGCCAGCGCGGCUGCUCGGCGUGACCCAGGGGAGUGCUCGGGGAGGCUCGGGGAGGCCGGCAGGGCGUCCUUACCCCGCGGGCAGCCGCCCUCCUCCUGCGGAACGGGCAGGACUCUGGCAGGGAACUGCCACUUCCCACAAUAAAUGCUGUGACUGGA